AGAUGUCCCUUGCGUACCCCCUGGCUAGAUCCAGUCUAUCAUUCACUAUGGACGACGGAAAGGUGUCUGUGGGAAACCCCGGCGGUGCACUGUAGAAGAUAGCACAUAGUAGUGUUAGACUCCAAUUGAUUCCUGAAGAGCAACAGCAAUUCAUUCAUUCAUCUCCUCCACUCCAUGGCCAUGGAUCAGCCAGGCUCCAACCAAGAUGGAGUAGUGAACAUGACAAGAGCAAUGCAGGCUCUGUCCCCUUGGCUGAACCACCCAAGGGCGACGAUCACCACUGUGGAAGUUCUGGUGCUAGCGGCCGCUGUGCUGCUGCUUCUCCAGCUCUUCUUCGGCUUCUACAGGCGGCGGUGGCGUAGCUCCUUCCUCGGUACUGGCCUGCGGGCGUCUUCCAAACUUAUGGAUGCUCUCGUCUUCUACACCCUUGAUACACUGGUGCUCGAGACCCCAAAUCCGAUCAUAGAAGUACACGUCUCAAGAGCUGAUUACAUCCUCACUCUACUGCUUCUCGGCAUAGCCCUCGCAGUGGAGCUAGUGCAAGCGACACUUUAUCUGGCAUCGGACUGGGCCCAGGUAUCACUAGCCACCAUGCAUGUCAAGAAACACUGGUACGAGACCAGCGCAUCCACCUUUGGAGCAGUCAUCGCUUUUCUUAGAAGGGCUACGCUUUCUGGACGACAACAGCUGAUGAGAAGAAACAGGAUGGAGCAGUAUUCGGUGGUUCUCCGGCAAGGAAAGCAAGGUCCAGUGGAGGUCUCUGAUGCGGUGAAGAGAGCUGUUGCUAGAUCUCUCAUAUCAACGUAUGGCGGCAACCUAACUACCAACGUCGUCGAAGAAACAUCGCUCCAAGACAUGUUAAUUCAUCACAUCGCAACUGAGUACUGUGACAUUUCAGGUCCUGCUCCCAGUAAACGCACGACGACUCGAUGCCGAUGCAGCAAGCACCAAGGCUUUUUUGCAGCUAAUCUGUCUGGAUACUUGUUUGGGAAUGUGCUAGGGUCACUGCUUCCAAACAACAGAGUAGAUGAUGGGAUCGCUCUUGCUCGUCGAGAUAACGACCGAGGCGUCGCAGUUCACUUGUCCAGAUACUGUGCGUACUUGAUUGGAUCUGUCCCAGAACUGCUGCCCUACCAUGAAGCCGAAAUAGCAGAGUUGGCACAGACGGUGAUGGGAGAACGCAUAGAGCUUCUCGGAUCCUCCUACAUGGAUUCCAAGAUUUACGCCAAGAUGAAGGAUUUAGAAGGGACCGGGGAGGACGACGACCCUCGGAAGAUCUUCCAGAAAGGCAUCAAGUUCGGUAAGAAGCUGGAGAGGAAGCCCGAUGGGGAUCGCUGGGAGUUGCUGCAAGAAUUCUGGGCCAAGGCAACCAUCCAUGCCGCUAAGUCGCACUACACCACGGAGCAACACAUGCAGCACCUUGAAAACGGCGGGGAGUUCCUCACGCACAUCUGGGCUCUGCUUAGUCAUGCAGGCCUUCUGAAUAGCAAUACGGGCAAUCUGGGCUCUGCACCCUCAGCUGCUGUAUGAUACUCUCUCUGUUCAAGCCAAUGGCGGAACAUCCUUCAGUGCUUCUCUUUUUUUUUCCCACAAGUUUAUUAUUAUUAGUUUGUGGAGUCCAACUCGAUCAGUAUAUAUUUUUUUUCUUUUCAAGAUGGCAUUGUUUGUGCGUUGGCU